CCUAUUGGCUGUCCCCUCCCUACUUCUCAACUGCAGUGACAGUCAACGCUCCGGCGAGCCCCCUAAAACGGAGUGUAAAACUGAGAGCCGUGACGUGACCCCCUUCUUCCCCUGUUUGAGUGGACAAUACACCGCGGCGGCGUUCGGAGCUCUCCCUCCACAUUCUUCCUUGCGUCGGCUGGAUUUGUUCAUCCGCGCAACACCAUGGGAAAUGAAGCCAGCUACCCUCUGGAAAUGUGCACGCAUUUCGACCCAGAUGAGAUCAAACGUCUGGGGAAGCGUUUCAAGAAAUUGGACCUGGAUAACUCGGGCUCGCUCAGCGUGGAGGAGUUCAUGUCGCUGCCCGAGUUGCAGCAAAACCCGCUGGUGCAGAGGGUCAUCGACAUAUUCGACACGGACGGCAACGGAGAAGUGGACUUUAAAGAAUUCAUCGAAGGUGUGUCGCAGUUCAGCGUCAAAGGUGACAAGGAGCAGAAGCUUCGCUUCGCCUUCCGCAUCUACGACAUGGACAAGGACGGCUUCAUCUCCAACGGCGAGCUGUUCCAGGUGCUGAAGAUGAUGGUGGGCAACAACCUAAAGGACACGCAGUUGCAGCAGAUCGUGGACAAAACCAUCAUCAACGCCGACAAGGACGGCGACGGCAGAAUAUCCUUCGAGGAGUUUUGCGCGGUGGUGGGCGGUCUGGACAUCCAUAAAAAGAUGGUGGUGGACGUGUGAGCGUACGCCCGCCCUCCCGAGUUCUCCUCAGCGCACGCUUUCGCUUACUCCGUCAAGAAAAAGCGCCUCAGUGUUAAGUAGGCGGAAGAUCUUCCGACGCCUCGCUCAAAUGUUACGUGAAGAGCGAGCGCCGCAAAAAAAAAAUCGAACAAGACUGAAAAACGAGGAGACCGACGGAGGGAGUUCUAUCCCUUUUUUAACAUUCUAUUUAUUUUGUCUUCAUCUUUUAUACGUGAGAAAAAGUAUGUAUACGUUCAUCUACACUUGACUAACAGUGCAACUAGCUGGUCGGGUAUGACGUGCCAAGCAAACAUAUCCACUUAUUACCCAAAAUGUAUUUUCCAAAUAUUUGAGAAGAAAAAGCCCUCUGUGUUUUUGUUGUCGCUUGACAGGACUGGAAUAAGAAAUUUAGUUUGUUGAAGGAGCAAUAUGUAAGAUUUGUGCUUCAAUUAUUCAUGAAAGUAACUUUUUUGCAUCUACUUAAACUACAAGAUUGUGUACUUGUACAUAUACUACGUAUGAUAACACAGCUUGAUUCUCCAUUAGGAAGCACUUAUCUGGCAGCCCAAAGGGGAUGCUGUGCACUUCAAUAGUUUGAUCCAGGUUGCAGGACCAUUUUUGGCCACCAGUCUUACAUAAUGCUCCUUUAACGCAUCUGCCAUUGACUGCGAUAGACGCGGAGAGAGGUGGACGCCCUCGCUGCCAGAACGAGAGACGGCGAGAACCAAAAGUGGUAUUUGCCAUGUGGCAAAAUGGAUUUUGCCAUGUGGCAUUUUGUUUUUUUUGGUAUGCACCGCAAGGACGUGCAUAGCCGUCAAUGGCAUGGCCUUACUUGGGUGCCAGUUGAUUGACAAUACACUGUAAUGUAAAGUGUAUGGUCAAAAAUCACAGCCACACAGGUUUUUUUUUUUGCCAUUUAAAAUGAAUGGAAAAUUGGACGUGCAUAGCCGUCAAUGGCAUGGACGUACAUGGCCUGCAAAAAUGCCAUAUACCCCUAAAAAAUGUUACAUACCAAAAAAAUAUGCCACAGACAAAAAUCAAUUUUGUCAAAUACCAAUAAAAAAUGCCAUUUUGCCAAAAGACAAAAUCCAUUUUGCCACAUGGCAAAAAAAAAAAAAAAAAAAAAAAAAAAAACGCCACAUGGCAAAAUCAUUUUUACCACAUGGCAUACAAUAUGCCACAUGGCAAAAUCCAUGUCGCCACAAGGCAAAAAAUGCCACAUGGAAAAAUCUAUUUUGUCACAAGGCAAAAAAAAAUGCCACAUAGUAAAAUCCAUUUUGCCACUUUUUGUUCUCGGCCCUGCUGGCCACAGCUCCGUUCAAAUGGAUCGUACAUCUAUCGUCGUCAAUGGCAGUCAAUUUAAUAUUCAUUUGAGGAUAUUUUGUAGUUAUGUCUGAUUAAAAAAAAAAAAAAAAAUCGUUUCAAAAUUAAAGGGAAAAUAUGUUUCUGAAUGCAAAAAUCUAUUUCACCAUUCGUAAAUUUAUUAGCUUUUUUUUUUUUUUUAACUGUCGGAUAAGACUAGUUUUACUAUUUUUUGGGGGGGCUGGGGGGAGGCUGUCUUUUCGGAAUAAACCCAGAAACAACUAGACAAGAGCAUCAGUCGGACGACUUAUUUUAAUUUUUUGUCUUUUUGUUUUCCUAAUAGACUGGCAUGGGAAGAGAAAAGGUUGUGAGACUUUUAACAAAAAGUACACAAUUGUCAGGCGUUAUACUGUACAUCUAAUAAUGUCCUAAAAACUGGACGACUGCUUUAAACUGGAGCGAGCGUGACAUUGUUUUGUGCAUGAAGACGUUUGGGAGAGCUGGUCUUGUUUACACUUCAUGUGAAUGGAAACUUUAAGAGUUCUACACCGUCUGGAUGUUGCCAAAUGAUUGGUCUCCAUAUGAACUGAAGUGCAGGACGCUGGUGUCAUAAUAUUAACUGCCACUUACAAGCUUUUUGAAUGUUUUUUUUUUUUUUUUAAAGUGUACGUAAAGGUUCAAUGCAAUUGUGUUUAUGGAGACACCUUCACAUGAAUUGGGAAGUGCAGAUUUGGGUGUUUGUGUGCGUGUGUGUGUGUAUGGGGGAUAUCAAAUAUAUUUGAGAUUUUCCGUUUUUUCUGCAUGCUGCAACUUAUGCUGUAUGACUGUUGGAAACUUGAUAUAUAAGAACAUGAUAUAGCAUUUAAAUAAAAGAAACUGUUCCAA